UUUAAAAACCCAGUGGAAAUAUGUGCUCUUACUUUACGUGUGACCAGGUACAAUUUCCUUUAAACACAUUGGAAAUCUGAGUCAACAGUUCAUAAAAAACCCUGUAAUAAGAAGGAAAAAUACAAAAUAUAAAAAGAAAACACGACACAGAAGGGUGGCACUAUGUACACGGACAAGACAGGUGCUAGUAUGUACAGUUUGGGAUACAGUUUUUAAAUUAUAUAGUUUUAAGUAAUACUAUGUCACACAUUGCACAUGAUAAGUGUAGUGAGGUAGUGUUGGGUUCUGUAGACAUAUUUCAAUGGUUUUGUGAUAAGAAUGGAACAACAUAUAAGAAUUAGAUUCUCAGUGGCCAUGGCAUUUGGCCACCAGGUGGCACUGUGGCAGCAGCCUCCUGGUGUACAUUUAGGAAUCUGUCUGUUUGUAUGUCCAGCUUCCCCACAGGUAGAUCUGAUGAAGUUUAAAUGCUUCUGUCAAUAAAAACAUGCUAAUAGACAUUAAAAAACCCUCAACACCGGUGUGUGUGGGGCUGUUUGGUGGCAGCGUCCCACCCGGCUGUGAUUGCAGAGACGGGCCGGGGACGAGGGAGAAGCCGAUAACAGGCACAUGAAAGCAAAGUCCAGAGUCCAGCUGCUGCCGCACACCUGUGAGCGGAGAGGCUUUUCUCUUUGCCAUUUCUCCAAUUGUUCCGUGAGAUUCGGGGGGGAGAAAACAUGGAGCAGAUCACCGACUGCCUCUGCAGGUAUAAAAACUACAACUUUGGCAUCGGUCUCACAACUCCGGAGCACAUCGAUUCCCUCCAGAGCUUUGAGAUCCGAGACAGCGACGUCCUCCUCGUCACGUAUCCAAAGUCAGGUACCAUAUGGACCCAACAGAUCAUCAUCUCCAUCUGCGAGUCGGCCGGUGGUCUGCACGAAUAUCCAAACUACUUGGAGCAGAUGCCGUGGCUGGAGUACACGGAGGGCCGAGGAGACUACGCCCUGCGCCCGUCUCCUCGCCUGUUCUCCUCUCACCUCACCCCGGCCCUCCUGCCCCCGGGACUGAAGGCCAAGAAGGCCAAGAUUAUCUACGUGACGCGGAAUCCAAAGGACAACAUCGUCUCCUAUUUCCACUUCAGCGGCAACAGCGGCGACCUGGAGACGCCCAAAAGUUUUGAGGACUUCUUUGAGCAAUAUGUGACGGGAAAUGUUGGAGCGUCGUCCUGGUUUGACCACAUCAGGGACUGGCAUUCAAAGAGAGACCAGUACAACAUCCUCUUCCUGUCCUACGAGGACAUGAUUCUGGACCUGAAGGAGGCGGUGACCAAGAUCUGCCACUUCUUAGGGAAGAACCUGAGCGACGCAGCCGUUGAGCAAGUCGUGGAAAAAUCCACAUUUAAGACCAUGAAGAAAGACGUAAAAGCAAACUACGAGUUUUUGCCAGAAGAAAAGGUGAAGAAAGACUUCAUGCGCAAAGGUAAAAUCGGUGACUGGAAGAACACCUUGACCGAGGCUCAGAGUCAAAGAGUCGAUCAACUCCUUCACGAGACACUCGGUGAGAUGUCUCUGAAGUUCAUCUGGGAGUAGGACCUCGACAUGUUAAUAUCCAACUUUUAUGAGAGGCAUCGCCAUAAUAAUGUAAAAUCAUUU